CAGAUGUAGGAGGCGACUGCAGGUGUAGCCGUGCUAGUCAUGGGCAAACAGACAUGUUUGUUAAAGCCAUUGAUCUGAACAUGGCCGGUCCUGUUCAAUUAUUGGUGAACCGUGGGGCAAGCCGGGAGGGAAAAAAACUGCUGUUGGCCUUUUGUGUAAACAGUGACACCAAUGGCCGGGUGAAGCAGGGUCACAUGGUGCGGAUGGACACACCUGUGAGGGCCUAAAGCGGCGCCAGAGUGCAGGUAGAGCACAGGUCUGUGUCUGCAGGGCCAGGCAGUGGCAGGAAUGAAUCGAGAAGAGAAUUACUACUCGGCUGGCCAGAUCUACAAAGAUUCCUGUGCCUAUCAGAGGCCCCACACCGAGGACUACAGCCAGAGCCCCCCGCCGUGUCUCUACAUGGGCAGACAGGGUCAGACCCUCUACACUUCGCCGUCCCUGGCCAUCCAGGAGCAGCAUAACGUCCCUGAUCUUUCGUCCUAUGUGCCCACCAGAGAAGAUCUGCCAAUGGGCCACCUUCACCAUCCGCCCACCCAACAGACCACCCUGCAGCCCUUCGGAGGUUACGGAGACUCCCUGGACCUCUGUGUGGAUAGGAACAGGUGCCAUCUUCCAUUCCCUUGGAUGAAAUCGACAAAAUCUCAUGCGCACGCCUGGAAGGGACAGUGGACGGGUCCGUACCCCGCGGAGGUGGAGGAGAAUAAGCGCACGCGGACGGCCUACACGCGCGCGCAGCUGCUGGAGCUGGAGAAGGAGUUCCUGUAUAACCGCUACAUCUCGCGGCCGCGGCGGGUGGAGCUCGCGCUCACGCUGCGCCUCACCGAGCGCCACAUUAAGAUCUGGUUCCAGAACCGCCGCAUGAAGUGGAAGAAGGAGGAGGAACGGCGGCGGCGCGCGGACCCCGAGCAGGACGCCUCCGUCACAUCCGGAGAGCACGAGGACGAAGACACAACGCCAUCCUGCGCGCCUCCAGCUCCACGAGACCCGGCCUAAACACACACUCACACACACACGUGCGCGCGCGCAGACUGACUGGCGCCUGAGCGGCGUUUCUGAUACUGUGAUGAAGCUGCGCCUCUGCGCUUUGGCCACUAGAGGGCAGCAUUCAACAUUAUUACAUACACACUUUAUCUUUGGUAAAGGGAAUGGUUCUGUUUAGAACCAUGAGUUCUAUGUAGAGCCUUUUCGUGUUUAAUGGUUCUUUGGAUGGAGAAUGUGUUGUAUAUGGUUCUAUAUAGAACCUUUUCUGAAAAUAGUCCUAUUAGCACCAAAAACGGUUCUGUCAAGCUUUUAAGAAAAGAAGAACCCCUUCGGUGCUCCAUAGAACCAUUUAAAA